AUGGCCCGACAACCACAGCUACCUCUUCCCGCACUUGCGCCGACCAGCAUGGGCGCAUACGGAUCACCUUCGCCCAGCCUGCCGUCCGGCUCCACUGUGGGCACCGCCGCCAAGCCACCCCUCCACAUUGCGGACCUGUGGGCGCAAUUAGCCGCGGCGUCGCCAACCGGCGGAGGGCACGAUCGCUCCUCGCCUGCUGGGGCGCCGAGACGGCCCCUCACCUUCAGGCAGCAACUCCUCUUGGGAGGCAUGGGAUGUCACGAUGAGGACGUCCUCCACGCGCACUACACAAACGCCGAAUUCAAUAUGCUCCUGGCCGAGGGCCGCAAGCACAAGGACGAGUUCCAGGCGCAGCACGGCGCCAAGCCCGCCAGCACGUUCUUGUACAGCGUCACGGCCAUAAUUCACGAUGGAGACAUGCCGGACCGGGCGACGGCCACGCACGCGGCCGUCAUGCAGCUGUGGAUCACGGUGGCCGGCAGCCUGCGCGCGGAUACCGCCAUAGCACUAAUUUACGAUUACGGGAUGGACGCCGGCACCAUCCUCAGAGCGGACCAAGAGUUCACGCUGUCCGUGCUGACCGCUGCUCAGCAGGCGCAAGCGUCGGGCGCCCUUCUGUCCUCCACAACACCAGCCAAACACCACUUCACCCUCACGUGCCUCAUGUCCACCGCCAAUCCUGCACUGGCCGACAAGAUGGAGGCCCUCUACAUCGCGCAGUUCAAAAGCUGCGGGCCGGACGGCUACAAUGUGCUGCGAGGGCCGCCUUCCGCCAGCCCGGCCUUCUACACGAUCAGCCGGCAACGGGCCGGUCGCGCCCACACGCCGCCCGCUGGGACAGUCCAACAUGACGGCGCCCCAGCCGCGCUUGCCCAGCCGACACAGCAACAGGGCACUUGCCGCAUGAUGUCCCGACCAUUUCCGCGCUAG